GGACACUUUGGUUGUGGGUCACUCGAGCGGCGCAGCUGAAGGGAGAUCUGAUAGAGGCUUUUUAAGAUUAUGAGAGGCGUAGACUGGGAGUAUCCUUUUCCGGCGGUUGAACUAUCUAAUGCCAGAGGGCAUGUAUUUAAGCCCGACCGAGGCAGACGGACCGUACAAUGGGGAGACGGACUGUCCGGAGCUGCUUCACACAGCCUGUCCACUGCCGAGAGACGGAGACGAAGCUGCUGGGAUUGGGCCCACUCCCGAGCCUCUCGAGGAGCAGGGGUUUGGUCCUGGGGCUGGCCUUGCUGCCGGCCCCACACCGGGGACCCCAGUUUCUCCUGUGAUCAGAUGCACAGUGGAGGAUGGCGCGGAGCCUAAACCUGAGUUUGGGACCAGCCCCCUCGCUGGGAAUCUGGUGCAGGAUGGGGUCAGGCCUGCUAAUGGGCCUGGUGUUGUGACUGGCUCUGGUCCCACGUCAGGCAUCCUGGUUGAGCUUGGACCUGGGCUAGGCCCCACACAGUUGAUCCUGCUGGAGGCUGCCCAGCCGCCUCCCCCGGGCUUCGGCCUGAUUGGUGGGGGUCCCGGUAUUCUGGCCCCGCAGAUCAUGGGCCCCCGUAGGAGGGGAAGGGGCCUUCGCAACAGCUUCACCAUUCUUGAGAGGUCCCAGGCUUUGGCCUCCCCAGAGACCAGGGGCCUGCCGGUCAUCACCUGGGGUGGGGGCGCUUAUGGGGAUCCCAGUGGCUGGGCAGAGCCUGGUCAGGGAGCUCAGGGGGAUCCCAUUCUCGGGGGCGAGUCUGGUGAGGAGGGAGACUCGACUUACCAAGGGGCAGUGCCAGACCAAGAGGCAUGUCAAGAUCCCACUUAUGGAGCAGAGGCUGGCCGAGAGGCAGAGGGAGAUCUCGCAGAGUCGCAGGCUGGCCGGGAGCCCGAGGGAGACCCCACAGAUGCACAGGAAGAUCCCUGCAGUGGCUGUGAUUCUGGUCAGGGGAGGCCGGUCUGCCGGCGACUGACGUAUGUUAUAAAGUCGCGUGGGGAAGAGAAAGAGACCCGGUCCCUGAGGGAGGGAGAGUCCCAGGGUGAGGUGAAGCAGCCCUGGCCUCUGGAGGAGGCAGAGGGCCAAGGUGAGGUGGUGCCUCGAGGGGAGGGGGAAGCAGAGGCCCCUCCGCAGGCUGACGGUCCCAAGUUGACCAGCUUUGCAGAGCAGAAGCAGCUGAGGGAGCGGAGGCCCAGGUGGGGGCCGCAGGCGGUUCCGCGGCGGUCCAUGGGCUCGCGGCCGUGCCCGGAGUGGGCCCAGGUGCGGCGGGGGCUGGAGCUGAAGCAGGAGGAGAUCCGGGCCCGACUGGAGGCCCGCGAGGCUCGGCUGGGCCGUCGCUGGCAAAGCCUGGGCCGCAGGGCCUACUGCCGCCUGCUGAAGCUGACGGGGCGUGGUGCUGAGGCUGAGGCCCAGGCCCAGGCCAAGCCUGAAGCCUGGGAUAACUCCCUGGCAGCCGCCCAGGCCCAGCUCCAGGAACUCGGGCUGCAGGACGGCCGCAGUGAGUGGGCAGGGAGGGGGAGGGUCCGGGGGGCGGAACCGGCCCCAGAGGCAGGGAGGGUGAGCGGGGACUGGGCCCCAGGGGAGGCAGCAACAGCAAGUCACUGCAGAGCAGAGAAGAACCUCAGCGCUGUGGCACGGAAACUUCUGCGGAGCGGUGGACAGGAGAGUGAGAGGCCAAAGGCGGAUCCUCCAGACUGGCUGGGACCCUCGACCCUUGACCCCAGCGGUGACCGUAGUCUCCGGACUGGCCAGCAGGAGGCGACGCCGAGGCAGAGACGUGGGGAGGGCCGACGGGAGCGUCUGCUAACUCGGCCCAGAGCGGAUGGAGACGGUGGCUCGGUGCUGCCCCCUGCUGAGCCGACAGGUCUGAGGCUGUACAAGGAGCCAAGCUCCAAGUCGAACCGGCUGAUCCUACACAAUGCAUUGACCCACUGUUGCCUGGCUGGAAGAGUCAACGAGGUGCAGCGGACCCAAGUAAUCCAGGAGCUGGCGAGCUGCGAACACGCCCAGUGCUUGAUUCUGUUCCGGGACCAGCACUGCCAGUUCCGUGCCCUCUACUCGCUGAGCGGCGAUUCCCUGCACAUCCAGCGGCUGUGGGGCAUCGGCCCCAGGCACAUCCACACCGACAUGAUCGACCGGCUCUACAAGUACAACUCUGAUCGGAAGCAGUUCCACCCCAUCCCCUCCAGGAUCAUCUCGCCCAACGUCGACGCACUCACCAUUCACGGCCACCUGUGGUCGGCCAGGAAGAAAUCUGCCCUGGGCAGCGAGCGCAGGUGAGCUGUGGGGAGGCCCCCGUUACGACGGCCACAUCCGCUGCCGGCUCUGCCUCGACUGGCGGCUUCGUCUGGGACAUCUCCAGCCAAUGUGCCUUUAACUUGCGGGUGUCAGAGACUCACCUUAUUUAUUUUAACAUCAAAGUCAGCCUGAAGAAAUGCAGCAUGACAUCUAAAAACUGGGAAGACGUUGCACUCGAUGGAUUGGCCUUGGAGAGGGAGCUGCCCUACGUGGGACUAACCUCCGCUGUGCUGCGGAGGACACAGCAGGGGUGAAAGGAGAGGCUAAACAACUGAAAGACCCAAUCACUAACCACAGGCUCCACUUUUAUCCUCAGUGCACCAGAGUAUGUGGCUCCUGGACUGACGUCCUGAGCCAUCGAACUCCAUCAGCUCCUGUUGAUUUGCAGCUCGUCUUGUUCCUCUGCUCUGUGACACUGCCCCCCACCCCCCAUGAGUGCCUUCUCUAGCCAGGUAACACAACACUCCCCAUGUUUACUGGCUCUCCCACUUGGUCGGGUACCUGCCGCCCUGCUACUCCUGCCGUGGGGGUUGUGCACUCCGUUCCUGCCCGUGCCGCCUGUGAGGAGACUCCAGUGCAAACUCUGCUCCGUGCAGUCCCGGUACUGUCUGACAAUUGUCUUGUUCCAAUCGUGCCAGGGUUGUUUUAAAGCUAAACAUUUAAUAAAUUCCCGAAUGUUGAGACUUGGCCAGGUUUUGUCCCUUCUCAUGGUGCGGAGACGCACAGAGUCGCUGCCAGUUGCAAGGAUGUGGUGUGUGUCACGUUACAGAGUGUUUCUCAGGGCACCAGCACUGAUGCCAUCUGCAAUGUUGUUUCCUCUACACUGGAGUAACUAGGUGUACACAGGAUGGUGUUCAGUGAACCCCUAGCUGUCUGUCGUUUCCAUGCAAAGGGUUCCGGCCCGAAACGUCGACUGAUCUUUUCCACAGAUGCUGCCCGACCUUCUGAGUUCCUCCAGCGUGUUGUGACUGUUGCUUUGACCCCAGCAUCUGCAGAGUAUUUUGUGUUCAUAUUCUGUCUGGGUAGCCUCCAACCAGGCAGCAAAACAUCCAUUUGUCUAACCUCCAUUAAUU